UUGAAGAUCACAAACCGCUUCAAAACCAAUCACAACACAAAUCACCAAAUGGAACCACUCCAAACAACAAUCAAAACCCUUAUAAACACCCCAAUUCAAAUCAAAUCCAAAUCACAAGCCAAACAAAUCCAUGCUCAAAUCAUCAAAACUCUCCCAACAUUCACCUCCAAUCUCCUCUCAAUCUACUCAAAACUCAACCUUUUACAAGAAUCCAUAACCCUCUUCAACACACUCCAUUCUCCAUCCAUUCACAAUUGGAAAUCCAUCAUCAAAUGCUACACAUCCAAUGCGUAUUUCUUGGAAUCUUUGAACUGUUUUGUUAAAAUGCGUGCAAUGGGGAUAUACCCAGAUCACAAUGUGUUCCCUUCAGUGUUGAAAUCUUGUACCCAGUUGAUGUUUUUCAAGUUUGGGGAGUCUGUUCAUGGUUCUGUUAUUCGGGUCGGGUUGGAAUUCGAUGUUUUUACUGGAAAUGCGUUGUUGAGUAUGUAUUCGAAGUCGCUGAGGUUUAGUGCACACCAGGUGUUCGAUGAAAGUCCUGAGAGAAAAACCGUUGUUCAAAACGGUCAAAACGAGCGUGUAUUAAAACAUGAUAACAAUACUAAUAAUAACUUUAAAUCGUACAAUGAAGUUAGUUACAACUGUCGAAAUCCGAGUACUUUGAAUCAAAUGAGUAAUCAAGAUCAAGGAAAUGUACAGAUGCAAAAUGUGAGAAAAGUUUUUGAAACAAUGCCAGAGCGAGACGUUGUUUCGUAUAACACACUUAUUUUGGGAUACGCGCAAAACAGCAUGUACGAUGAAGCGAUGAUGACGAUUAGAGAGAUGGGUGAUGCGAAAUUAAAGCCUGACGCGUUCACUUUAUCAAACGUUCUUCCCAUUGUUGCGGAAUAUAUGGAUGUUUGGAAGGGGAAGGAGAUUCACGGGUAUGGAAUUAGACACGGGUUUGAACGAAACGGAUUCAUUGCAAGCGGAUUGAUUGAUGUAUACGCAAAUUGUAAAAUGGUUGAAGAUUCGUAUCGGUUGUUUUGUUCAUUACCUGAGAAAGAUUGCGUUUCAUGGUGCUCUAUGAUUGCAGCAUGUGUACAAAAUGGUUUGUUUGAUGAGGGUUUAAGAUUGUUUCGGCAAAUGUUACGUGCUAAUAUUAAACCCGUCCCGAUCUCAUUUUCCUCCGUUAUUCCCGCUUGUGCGCACUUAACCACUUUACCGUUAGGACAACAACUUCAUGGGUACAUAAUCAGGCAUCGUUUCGAUGAUAACGUGUUCAUAUCUAGCUCACUUGUUAACAUGUAUGCUAAAUGCGGCAACAUCAAACUCGCAAAAUGCGUUUUCAAUCGUAUGAAGCAACGUGAUUUGGUGUCAUGGACCGCCAUGAUAAUGGGAUGUGCUUCACACGGUUAUGCGCAUGAUGCCAUCGUAUUAUUCAAGCAAAUGGAAAUGGAAGAUUUGCGACCGAAUUCUGUCGCUUUCGUGGCGGUUUUGACUGCUUGUAGUCAUGCUGGAAUGGUCAACGAUGGGUUGACUUUUUUUAACCAGAUGGUCAAACAUUAUAAAAUAACUCCUGAAUUUGAACACUACGCUUGUAUGGCGGAUCUUUUGGGCCGAGCUGGGAAAUUAGACGACGCUUUCGGGCUUAUAUGCAGCAUGCCCGAAAAUAAAACGGGUAGCGUUUGGUUACCGUUGCUAGCUGCUUGUAGGGUCCACAAGAAUGUUGAAUUGGCGGAAAAGGUUGUCGAGCAGAUAAAUGAAUUUGAUAGUGAUAAUGUUGGUGCAUAUGUUUUGUUAUCGAAUAUAUAUUUUUCGGUUGGAAGAUAUAAAGAUGCAGCAAAUGUGAGGCGUAUGUUGAGUAAGAAUAUGAAUAAAAAGGAACCUGCUUGUAGUUGGAUCCGAAUUGGCGAAAAGGUUCAUGCUUUUAUCGCUGGAGACGAAUCUCACCCGAAUUAUGACUGUAUAAUUAACGCGUUGGAUAUUCUUUUUGGACAUAUCGAAAAAGAGUAUUUGAUCACUUGUGAGUGAAAUAAUGUAUUGGAUAUAAGUUACGAUCGUUUAUGAGUAAGUUAUGCCGCUUAAAGUUGCUUUUUUCAAAACUGUUUAUUUCAAAAGACGAUAGGCAGUUUUAAUAAGCAUCCCUAAGGCGUAAACAACGUCUUAGGUAUAUGCGGAUUGCCACACAGACAGAAGCCGAUUUUGUUUAGAAGAUUGUCGGUUUCAAAAUCGUUCUAAGAGAGAUAUAAGAGAUAGCAGCAGGUUUGAUCAUCUCAAGAACAUAUAGUACUCAUAGGGGAGAUUGUUGGUCUCAAAAGGUGACAUGUUGGAAAAAGAAGGCAGACUGUUGACUUUUGAAGUCAAUGAACUAGUGUUUAUAUUUAAAUUUGAUUAGAUUGUGAUACAGGUUUAUAACAUGUCUUUCUAAUUCAGUAAUUAGUAUUUUUUUUUA